UUCUUUUUCAUUUUCAGUUCCACCGACGUCAUCGAUCUACCCUUACGCUCCCUCUCUGCCGGAGACUUCCGUCGAUUCUCAAACCCCUCCGGUCUUUCUCUUCUUUCGAUUCCUGACUCCAAUUUCGUUCCUUUUCUGAUUUCUCUCAAAACCCCUAAAAAAAUAUUCCUUUUUUUCGAUCCCUCCUGAAUCUGGAUUUUUUAUUUUAUUUUUCUGUAUUCUUCCUAAAAUUUCAAGAUUUUGAUUUGAUUCCGUCUGAGAUUUGUCUAGAUAGAAGAUUUCUUUUUGUUUUUGGGAUCCUCGUAUUGUUGAUGGGCACAACUAGGGUUUGCGCGGAUGUUUCUUCUGGAUCUUCGAAAUCGCUUAGCCAGUCUCUCACGGUGUCGACAUCGACCACGGAAACCGUCAAUGGCUUCCAUGAGUUCAAGAUCUGUGGCUAUUCCCUCGCCAAAGGGGUUGGUGUCGGCAAAUACGUCGCUUCCGAUACGUUUAUGAUCGGUGGUUACUCGUGGGCAAUCUACUUUUAUCCUGAUGGGAAGAGUCCAGAGGAUAACUCGUCUUACGUUUCUUUGUUCAUAGCACUCGCUAGCGAAGGAGCUGAUGUGAGGGCUCUGUUUGAGCUCACGCUUGUGGAUCAGAGUGGUAAUGGGAAGCAUAAGGUUCAUAGCCAUUUUGGUAGAGCUCUUGAAAGCGGUCCUUAUACUCUCAAGUAUCGUGGAAGCAUGUGGGGAUACAAACGGUUUUUCAGGAGGUCCAGUUUAGAAUCGUCGGAUUAUUUGAAGGAGAAUAGUCUAUUGGUUAGGUGCCGUGUGGGUGUGGUGAAGUCGGUCACGGAGGGGCCAAGGUGUUACAAUAUCCCUGUGCCAGUCUCUAACUUGGGACAACAGUUGGGAAAUCUUCUGGAAAGUGGGAAAGGCUGUGAUGUUAUGUUCCAAGUUGAUGGGGAAACAUUCAACGCACACAAAUUGGUUCUUGCAACGCGUUCCCCAGUUUUCAAGGCACAGCUUUUUGGCCCGUUAGGAGAUCGAAAUACCAAAUGCAUAACGAUAGAAGACAUGCAAGCACCCAUUUUCAAGGUCCUUCCUUUAACCCUCUUUCUGGGAUUACAUCUCUUAGAUCUGGGAAUGAUUGUCUAUUCACGGAUGUACCAUCCGGGAUCUUCUCCUGGGGCGCCACUCCUGUUCUCGAGUUUACUCACCCGGGAUAAGGUAUUGCUCCAUUUUAUCUACUGGGACGAAUUGCCUGAUAUGGAAGAGUUAAUGGGCGCUGACUCUACAUUGGCGUCUACUCUUAUAGCUCAGCAUCUGCUUGCAGCGGCAGACCGCUAUGCUCUUGAGCGGCUUAAAGCAAUCUGUGAGUUAAAACUCUGUGAAGGGAUAGCCGUAAACACAGUUGCAACUACCUUGGCCCUAGCGGAGCAGCAUCAUUGUUCCCAACUAAAAGCAGUGUGUCUCAAAUUCGUGGCAUUGCCAGAGAACCUGAAAGCUGUGAUGCAAACAGAUGGGUUUGAUUAUCUGAAAAAGAGUUGCCCGUCUUUACUAACUGAGCUAUUGGAGUAUGUGGCAAGGCUGAGUGAACAUUCUGUUAUAGCUUCUGGGCAUCGAAAAGAAAUAUUUGCUGAUGGUUGUGAUGCUAAUGGAAGACGAGUGAAGCCUCGGUUGCACUGAACGUAGAGAUUGAAGAAAGAUUUGUGCAUUGUAUAAUCUCUGUUAAGGAUAAUAUAGCUGAUCUAAUCCAAUCCAGCAAUUACAAUGAAUCUUUUUCAAUGUUUUUCUCAUAAAUCAAUAUCCAAUGAAAUUUGGGAAUUA